CGCGUAGUCGAGAGUGUUUUUUUGAUUUGAUUUGAUUUACUUUGUGUGCUUGUGCAAAUUUUGGGAAAUAUCCCCAUAAUGAAAUCAACAUUCCAGUCGCUGGGGAUUUUUGCUACCUGUCUCCUGGCAUUCACCGACGUUCUAGUGGAAGCCCAAGAGAGCUGUAGAAACCCCAAUCAACGGCAGGGCUACUGCCUAUCGAUCUAUGACUGUCCGAGUCUGCUGGCUGUCGUCCAGCAAAGUUCUCUUAGCAACGAUGAUCGCUCUUUUCUGAAAAACUCCCAAUGCUACAAUGGCUUUGGUCGUCAGCCACAUGUCUGUUGCACCAAUGACAGGGCAUUUGGAUCUGAAGAUACAACUACUCAGCGAGCUGUGGUUAUGAGCAGCAGGCCCACAGAGAGUAGUGGCCAACAGGGGUCGGGUAAUGGUAAUCUACUGCCGGUGCCUCCCAAGUGUGGUCCUCAUUCCUUCAGCGAUAAGGUCUACAAUGGCAAUGACACGGCUUUGGAUGAGUUCACCUGGAUGGCUCUCUUGGAGUAUGUCGAUCGUAAAGGCCAGCGACAGCUAAGUUGUGGUGGCAGUCUAAUCAACAAUCGCUAUGUUUUGACAGCUGCACAUUGUGUCACCGGAGAUGUGGCUGCACAAGUUGGGCAAUUAACUACAGUUCGUCUGGGUGAAUACGACACAAGCAAGGAUAUAGAUUGUAUAGCCGGUGAUUGCAAUCCCCCUUACAUAGAGCGCUCCAUUGAGCAGGCUAUUGUCCAUCCGGAAUACGAUGCCACGAGUCGGCAUCGCUACCAUGACAUUGCCCUGCUGCGUCUGGCAGAGCCUGUGACACUCAACGAGUACAUUCAGCCAGUGUGCCUGCCCCUGACCAGAACCCGCCAGGCAAUCAAUGUGGGUGAACAGCUGGUGGUCAGCGGCUGGGGAAGAACAACCACAGCACGCAAGAGCAACAUCAAGCAGAGACUCUCCCUGCCCCUGAACGAUCACGAUUCCUGCGUCCGGAAGUUUGCCACGCGGCAGAUCAAUCUGAUCGGCGCACAGAUCUGUGCUGGUGGGGAGUUCUAUCGCGACAGCUGCGAUGGCGACUCCGGGGGCCCACUGAUGCGAAGGGGCUUGGAGCAGGCCUGGUACCAGGAGGGCGUUGUCUCCUUCGGCAAUCGAUGUGGUCUCGAGGGUUGGCCGGGCGUUUACACCGCUGUGGGAGACUACAUGGACUGGAUCGAGAGCACACUACGGCCCUGAGGAGUAUACGGUGCGAGGAUUGUGUAUCUUUUGUUCAAAUUAAGUUUUAAUUAAAGUCAAGUCAAGUCGA